UAUCCUUCGGAGCAGCUGGGAUUGCGAACUUGGGCUACUCCUUCCUUGCCUUCACUGCGUGGGCCUUUGAUGUUGAGUAGCUUUCAAGUUUCGAUAUAAAAAUUGCGAAAACUUCUUACAAUAGCCUCCGAGUUUACGGCGGCGAUUUUCAGCACUUGGGUCUCAGCAUUCGAUCUCUCUCACACACACCGGAUCCCUUCAGACUGUUGUCAUACAAACUGUGGAACACACGAAAUAAACGUCACUGAUACGGGUUCUGGAAUUUUCUGAAUGCCCAAAUCACUACACGCUACCAGGUUAAGAACUUCACUGUCGAAAGAAGCUUGUUUACAGCUGUUCUUCUCCAUGACAGACUAGUGAUUAGAGGAACCCAGAGAGACUAAGGGACUUGACAGUGGGACUUUUGAUUGUUCAGUGGUUUCCUGGGGGUUUGUGUGGUCGGAAGCUGCGAGGACUGUUUCACCUGGCAGGCUGGUUUCACACGGCUGUAGAUUCUGCCACCGACCGCCGGACGUUGCAGCGUUCGCACUGAGUUUUCCACCUACGCUGCAGCUUUGAUUACGGAAUUGUUGGGUUACCAACCCUUUCAGACCGUGUAUUGGGUAUCGGUGACACGGCUCCUGCUGUAGCGCUCCCAAGUUAGAGGGUUCCGGUGUUGCUCGUCGGACUUUUGAUGUCGGGAGGUGUUUCUAUUUCUGUUAGUUGUUGACGAGGAGAUAAAGGCUUUGAGGUGUUUUGUUGGUAUUAUACCCACUUGUCCUGUUUUGGGUUAUAGAGUCUAUAUUCCGGGAUAUAUGGACAAAAUUUGGAUACAAUCAUCAACCCUUUGGCGCAAGUGAAAGUUUUAGCUGUCUUGUUCGAGAAAUUGAACUCAUUGCGAGGUGAAAAGCGGAGCUAUUACACGGCUGAUUUGCAAGCCACAUAUAAGUGAUCGGUUUAGGGAAUAUCUUUAAGAAACCAGGGAAUUCAGCGACCUUGCUACUUUCGGAAGAGCAGUUUCGGAAAAAGAAAAAGAAAAAAACUUAUGCGCUCAAGAACAGGCUUGGAUGUAAGGGAAACAGGGCUGGAGUGAUUUAGAAAGAUGAGCACGAUGUUUUCCAAGUUCUCGAAAUUUCGGUCUAAGGAUCGAGGCUCAAGACAUGCCUCGCCUCAGGCAUGGACCUGUCCUUACUGCUGAGAGAUCACGACACUCAUGAAGAAGUUAUGCAUCAAAACAGCCACUAUGUCCCUGGCUAUGGAAAAGCUCCAAUUCAAUCGCCUCCGCGAUCGCUAAGAGCUCGCAAGCCCGACCCACUGCCAUCCGACAAACAAGCAGUGAGCCCUGAUUCUAUCCCCGUUGUAGCGCCCUGGUACGCGGCUUACGACAUCGACACCGAGAAGAAUGUGUCCUUCGCAGAGAGUUUGUUUCCCAUUAUGCCUCCGCGCGAAGUCCAUCUCGGCAGAGGAGCUAGUGAGAGCUUUUUGAGCGAUGACGACUUAUCUCCAAUCACUGAUAGUCGGAAUCCAAAAAAGACCUCUCCGUUGUAUGAUUUGAGGAGGCAGCCUGAGAGCGGGAGGCAAGGCUCGAACAUAGCGAGCAAGAAGUCGUGGAGCUCCCAAGAUGUAGAUAGUUUCAACGAUACUCCCGUCAGUCGGAGGGGGAGUUGGGAGUACAAGAGAGACAUGGUCGAGAGCAGAAGGACGAGCUUGGAUACGCACUCCAAGCAAAGCUGGGCGGCAGAUGGACUGGAGCGAGGAACGACGAGGAGCUGGACAUCCUCCUCAGUGCCGGAGGAAGAGAUUGACAGCGGGCCGCCGGUGUUGCCUCCGUAUGACGACGCCGAGGAAGAUUUCUUGGAAGAGUUUGAAGAUUAUUUCAAUCAUCUGCUGGUUGACAAUGUGCGCCGGGACCAGUACCCCAAGCUCGACCUUCAAAAACAAGUCUACCUCGAUUACGCGAGCUUCUCCCUGUACUCCAAUUUUCAGGUGGAAGAGCAUAUGAAAACAUUGCUGGAAGAAGGGCCUUGUCUAGGCUCUGCGUCUGUCUCGUCAUCUUCAGACAACCCUCUCUUCAUGCACGUUUCCGCCACGCAACACCGGUUGCUGAGGAUGCUCAAUACAACUUCAGCUCAUUACUCCAUCAUCUUUACGGCUGGAUUUCAAGAGAGCUUUCGAGUAAUUGCGGCGUCUUAUCCUUUCCAGAGAGGUAGCCCUCUUCUUGUGUGUCAAGACAAUCACGCUGCUGUUCGUCGGGUAAUAAAAUCAGCUUACAGGGCGGGAGGAAGGCCGUUUCUAGCGCCAGUAACGGAGAAGGAGCUCAGCUUUCACAGCCACGACCUUCACAAACUCUUGCGGCGUCAGGCAGGGCGUAACAUCAGCAACGGGGGGCUCUUCAUCUACCCUGCUCAAUCGAAUCUAUCGGGGAUGAAGCACUCUCUCAGCUGGGUUGUGGAGGCUCAACAGAACGGAUGGAACGUGUGCAUAGACGCCACCACACUUCUCCCCUCAGGCACAAUAGACCUGGAGAUCCAUCAGCCAGAUUUCGUUGUGGGGUCUUUCCAUCACAUGAUAGGCUACCCUUCCGGAUUCGGCUUCCUUCUUGUCCGGAGGGAGUCGUUUUGCGUGCAGGCCUUCCCCUCAGGGGCGGUGCACUUCUUACGCAACAAGCCAGCAGACGAAGGCGAAGUUUGCCACAUCAUGUGCCCGGCCGACAACACCAUGAAUCUCCUCCAGUUUGCGGCGUUGAACUUGGGAUUGAUUCAGCUCGACCGCAUCGGAUUACCCGCCAUCCAAAAACGAGUGCGCGCGUUGGUGCAAUGGCUAGUGCAGCGGUUACGCACCCUGAGGCACAAGGACGACGACUCCCGCUAUCUCAUACGAGUUUACGGCUCGCACGCCACGAAGGACCGAGGCAGCAUCGUUUCCUUCAACGUAGUCGAUUUCUCAGGAACCAUUCUUCCACCCGACAUCGUUCGGAAGCUCGCUGCGAGGUCCAACUUCAAGCUUUCAGUCGGCAACUUCAACAACCCCGGUUUGUCGAACCUGUUGGGCGGCUCACCGCACGAGAUGUCGCAUGAUAUCAGAAUCAUUGAUGAGAAUUGGGGGUUCAUGGCGGUGCGAGCUUCUCUCGGCGCCGUUUCCAACUUUGCAGAUGUUUACAGAUUGGUACAGUUCCUGUCGAGGUUCAGGGACGAGGAGUACUUGGCUACUGAAGCCAUGGGCUUUGUUGAAGAGAGGAAUCACCAGUCAGGGUGUCCAACCUAGUGCAUGAUAUAGCCAUUAUCGAUAUGAAGAACCUCGGCCUCAGGCACAACUCUGCAUUCAUCCAUCCUGCUUCACGUUUGCGGUGAGAUCUGAGCGGCAGUGCUAACGAUGGCUCGCUCACCAGAAGCAUGAACUUUCUUCUGGUCAAGCAGCCAGCUCUUGAUUGUUUGUGGGUUAAUUCGAUCAACCCCAGCUAGAGCUUACUGACAGCUCCGACGACGAGCUCCCCGCAGCGUGCAGGAAUUGUAAUUUAUUAGUCAGUUUUUAUAAAAGUUGAAGUGCGGGACGUCGAUUUUGCCAAUGACAAGGCGUAGAUCUCCAGGUAUUUAAUGCGAGUGUAGAACAAUCUUUUUUAUCUUUUUCGCUCAUCUUUUCAUAGCCAACAUUUUUACAGGUAAGAAGUGGGUCAGAUUUGUAGACUUGACGCUGGUUGAUUCCGCAGCACCAAAACUCCUGCUUGAUUGGGGUCAGAUCGGGAAACAUCGUUGCAGCAGUGAGGUUGGCAAAACAUUAAUUAUGACUAACAGUGGUUACUUGCAGUGUCUGAGGUAGUGUGACAUUUUCGUAGAGUUUUCUCACACUUUUUGGUCUCAUGUGCUUGAGAAAUGCAACAAUUAUCCCCGAUAAUUCAACAGAAAGUGUUACUGCUAUGGUGGCACCAGUCCUUUCACUGUU